AUGGCGACAGGAAGCCACAUGCAUAAUCUUACCACCCUUAUCAAGCGGUUGGAAGCCGCAACCUCCCGCUUGGAGGAUAUGGCUAUGUCACUGGAUGACCCCAACUCGCCCAAGACCAUAGCUCCCCCUGCUGUGCCUGAAGCAGCUACUCCUGAGUCCCCCAAACCAGCCGCAGCUGCGGCUCCCGCACCGCCCCCCAUCCCGCCGCAAAUCCAGGACUUCGACACCCUGAUCAACGAGGAUGUCCGGAACUUUGUGGAGUUGGGCCAGAAGAUCAAUGGCUUGGUCGGAGAACAGUCCAAGGUAGUCCUUCAAGCCUUCGAAGCCGAGCGUACCUACCUCCUCGUGGCCACGAAAGCUAGAAAGCCCGAGCAGCAGCCCCCGGAGCUCAUGACGGGCCUUCACAAUGCUUCAGACAGCAUCAACAACAUUCGGGAGUCGAACAGAGCUUCUCCUCUCUUCAACCACUUCAGUGCGGUUGCGGAGGGUAUUGUUGCCCUGGGAUGGUUCUUCGCGGACAAGCCCGCCGAUUUCGUCACUGAGAUGGCUGGAGGUGUCGAAUACUACGGAAACAAGGUCCUGAAGGAAUACAAGGAGAAGGACCGUACCCACGUCCAGUACAUCCAGGCCUACUACCAGAUCUACAAGUCCCUCGCUGCAUACCUGAAGAAGCACUACCCGAAGGGCCUGACCUGGAACGACAAGGAUGGAAUCGACGCCCAAGAAGCUCUCAGACAGGUCAAGGCCGGUGGCUCUGGCCCUGCCGCUGGCGGUGCUGCUCCUCCUCCCCCGCCACCCCCUCCAGUUCCGACUCUGAACGUUCCUGGUGGUGUUCCUCCCCCUCCUCCCCCGCCGCCCGGCGUCCCUCCUCCGCCUGCAGCAGCCCCAGCUGCACCAGACAUGUCAGCUGUCUUUGACCAGCUGAACCAAGGCGAAUCCGUCACCGCCGGUCUCCGGAAGGUCGACAAAUCGCAGAUGACGCACAAGAACCCGAACCUUCGCGCCAGCUCCAUGGUUCCCGAUAGUCCAACCUCCGCAGGCAGCGCCGUUCGGGGCAAGUCGCCUGCUCCGAGCAAGAAACCCAAGCCGGAGAGCAUGCGCGCCCGCAAGCCCCCGCGCAAGGACCUGGAAGGCAACAAAUGGUUCAUCGAGAACUUCGAGAACCCCGGCGAGAUCGUUGAGAUCAACGCGCAGCAGAACCACUCCAUCCUCAUCUCGCGGUGCAACAAGACCAUCAUCAAGAUCAACAACAAGGCCAACGCCAUCUCCAUCGACAACUGCACCGGCCUCUCCAUCAUCGUCGACUCCCUGGUCAGCAGCCUUGACGUCAUCAAGUCCCCCAAGUUCGCCCUCCAAAUAGACGGCGUCGUCCCCACCCUCCUCCUGGACCAGGUCGAUGGUGCCACUGUCUACCUGGGCCAGCAGAGCCUGGCCACCGAGGUCUUCUCCAGCAAGUGCACUGCAGUCAACAUCAUGCUUCCGCCCAAGGAGGGAACCGACGAGGAUACCAAGGAAUGCCCUAUCCCUGAGCAGAUCAAGACGUACGUGAAGAACGGCGUUCUCGUUAACGAGAUUGUCGAGCACGCUGGUUAG